UCCUCUCUAAUAAAUAGUGACAUUAUCUUUGUGAAGUUGCAUGCCCCAUGGGAAGUCCUUGGAAGAUACGCAGAACAAAUGAAUGUAAGGAUGCCUUUCAGGAGAAAAAUCUAUUACCUGCCCCGCCGGUACAAGUUCAUGAGCAGGAUCGAUAAACAAAUAAGCAGGUUUCGGAGAUGGUUACCUAAGAAACCAAUGAGGCUGGACAAGGAGACACUGCCAGACCUGGAGGAGAAUGACUGCUACACUGCCCCUUUCAGCCAGCAAAGGAUCCAUCACUUCAUCAUACACAACAAAGACACUUUCUUCAACAAUGCCACGAGAAGUAGAAUUGUGCAUCAUAUUUUACAAAGAAUAAAGUAUGAAGAAGGGAAAAACAAAAUCGGUUUGAAUCGCUUGCUUACCAAUGGCUCCUAUGAAGCUGCUUUCCCCCUGCACGAGGGAAGUUACAGAAGUAAAAACUCCAUUCGAACCCAUGGAGCAGUAAACCACCGACAUCUCCUCUAUGAAUGCUGGGCUUCCUGGGGCGUGUGGUAUAAAUACCAGCCUUUGGAUCUCGUAAGGCGGUACUUUGGAGAGAAGAUCGGGUUGUAUUUUGCCUGGCUGGGCUGGUACACGGGUAUGCUCUUCCCAGCUGCCUUCAUUGGACUGUUUGUCUUUUUGUAUGGAGUCACCACCCUGGAUCACUGCCAAGUCAGUAAAGAAGUCUGCCAAGCUACAGAUAUUAUCAUGUGUCCUGUAUGUGAUAAAUUCUGUCCAUUCAUGAGGCUGUCCGACAGCUGCGUCUAUGCCAAGGUGACCCACCUUUUUGACAAUGGAGCUACUGUCUUCUUUGCUGUUUUCAUGGCAGUCUGGGCGACAGUGUUUCUGGAAUUUUGGAAAAGACGUCGAGCAGUAAUUGCUUAUGAUUGGGAUUUGAUAGAUUGGGAAGAAGAGGAGGAAGAAAUACGACCCCAGUUUGAAGCCAAGUAUUCCAAGAAAGAGCGGAUGAACCCCAUCUCGGGCAAGCCAGAACCCUAUCAAGCAUUUACAGAUAAAUGCAGCAGACUCAUCGUUUCUGCAUCUGGAAUAUUUUUUAUGAUCUGUGUGGUGAUUGCUGCUGUGUUCGGGAUCGUCAUUUACCGGGUGGUGACUGUCAGCACUUUCGCUGCCUUUAAAUGGGCAUUAAUCAGGAAUAACUCUCAGGUUGCAACCACAGGGACUGCCGUGUGCAUCAAUUUUUGUAUCAUUAUGUUGCUGAAUGUG